UUAAUUUGUUCCCAUAUCUUCUUCAUCAUUGUGCAUAGCGUUUCACCAAGCUGUUACCAAAACCACAUCCACCCUCUCCCUUUUGAGGUUGAAUUCAACGACGGUGGGAGUGCUGCAACCUCAACAAAUGAUCAAGUUGAAGCCUUUUGAGUUCUGAUUCAUGUGGGUGCCGUGAUUUCUCGCUGUGCGGAUUUAGGGUUGCGGUUUCAGAUUUCAAUUUUAGAAGCCCCAUAGAAGCUUUGUACUCCCUCUAUGUUCGCUUUUGCAAUAAAAUUGUUGUGGGUGCCUUUGUAAUUUCAUCUUUCUUGUUUUUAUGGCACAGUUCAUAGCUUUGAACUUUUUCCCCAAAAUACUGUACAAUCAACAAUUAUCGUCACGUUGCUAUAGUGUUUUUGUUGUUGUCUUUUUUUCCCACUUUCUGUAUCAUUUUGUUUUAAUUUGAUUUUAUUGGGAAAACACUGGAAAAUUAUCGUCAAUAACUGAUAACACUCACUGUUGCUGCUACCUAUCAUUGAAACAAAAGAUAUCAUAUAAAAAAAAAAAGGAAAAAAGAAAAAAAUAUUUAUCAAUUUGUUUGUUCAUGGGGAUCCCUGGAUUGAACAAUCAAAAUAAUGGGCAGCAAAGGUUAGGCAUAACUGAGCCCAUUUCAUUGGCUGGACCAACUGAGGAAGAUGUCAUCAAGACACGUGAGCUUGAGAAGUACCUGCAAGGUGUUGGAUUGUAUGAGAGUCAGCAAGAGGCUGUGGGUAGGGAGGAGGUGCUUGGCAGGCUGGACCAGAUUGUGAAGAUUUGGGUUAAAAACAUUAGCCGUGCAAAGGGAUUCAAUGAACAACUGGUGCAAGAAGCAAAUGCCAAGAUUUUCACCUUUGGCUCUUAUCGGCUAGGGGUGCAUGGCCCUGGAGCUGAUAUAGAUACUCUUUGUGUGGGACCUAGACAUGCAACCAGAGAUGAAGAUUUCUUUGGUGAGCUACAUAAGAUGCUAUCUGAGAUGCAGGAAGUAACAGAAUUGCACCCUGUGCCUGAUGCUCAUGUCCCUGUGAUGAAAUUCAAGUUUAAUGGAGUUUCUGUAGAUCUCCUGUAUGCAAGAUUGGCUUUGUGGGUUAUUCCUGAAGACUUAGAUAUAUCCCAGGAAUCAAUAUUACAAAAUGCAGAUGAACAAACUGUUCUUAGUCUUAAUGGUUGUAGAGUAACUGAUCAAGUCCUGCGUUUGGUUCCAAAUAUUCAGACUUUUCGCACAACAUUGAGAUGCAUGAGGUUUUGGGCAAAGCGUCGUGGUGUUUAUUCAAAUGUUGCAGGUUUUCUUGGUGGUAUAAACUUGGCAUUGCUUGUUGCUCGAAUAUGCCAGCUAUAUCCUAAUGCACUACCUAAUAUGUUAGUGUCUCGAUUCUUUAGGGUAUAUACUCAAUGGCGAUGGCCAAAUCCAGUCAUGCUUUGUGCUAUUGAAGAAGGAUCUCUUGGACUACCAGUCUGGGAUCCUAGAAGAAAUCCCAAGGAUAGAUAUCAUCUAAUGCCUAUAAUUACUCCUGCUUAUCCUUGCAUGAACUCUACUUACAAUGUGACAUCAAGUACAUUGCGUGUUAUGUCAGAGGAGUUUCGGAGGGGAAGUGAAAUAUGUGAGGCUAUGGACGCUAGCAAGGCUGAUUGGGACACUCUUUUUGAGCCUUAUCCCUUUUUUGAAGUUUACAAGAAUUAUCUACAGAUAGACAUUACAGCAGAGAACGAGGAUGACCUUAGACAAUGGAAAGGCUGGGUUGAGUCUCGUCUUCGCCAGUUAACGUUGAAAAUUGAGAGGCACACUUAUGGCAUGCUUCAGUGUCAUCCACAUCCUGGUGAAUUUUCAGACAAAACUAGAGCUUUCCACCACUGUUACUUUAUGGGUUUGCAGCGUAAGCAAGGGGUUCCAGUGAAUGAAGGUGAGCAAUUUGAUAUAAGGCUAACUGUAGAAGAAUUUAAGCAUUCUGUCAACGCAUACACUCUGUGGAAACCUGGAAUGGAUAUCCAUGUGUCCCAUGUGAAACGCCGUAGCAUACCUAACUUCAUAUUCCCUGGCGGUGUCCGACCAUCAUACACAUCAAAAGGAAAUAGUGAGAAUAAACAAAGUUCCAAAUUAAGGGUUUCUGGCCAUGGUCAAACAGAAAAGCCUCAAGGAGGUAAAGCCGUUGCGAUGGAAGUAGAUGACGUUAGGAAGAGAAAGCGAUCAGAGGACAACAUGGAUACUAACUCAAAGAAUUCCAAGUCCCUUGUAUCUUUACCUACCCCCAGCAGGGAAUUUCAUGAUGAUAGAAUUCCUAUAAGUGCUUCUAGUUCUUGUUCUAUGAAAUUUGAUGAAUCAGAAGUCAACAGUAUGGGUGGACAAAAGAGUGAGAAACCUUGUCUUAAAUCCCUUGGGGAAGUUCCUUCUGGGGAUUGUGAGACCAAUGGAUCAGUGACAGGUAACCAACAAGUGAACCCCAUAGUUGCAACUACUGAUAUAUCUAAUUCUAAAGAAGAAGAAAAGCUAGCCAUUGAGAAAAUUAUGUCCGGUCCGUAUGAAGCACAUCAAACCUUCACUGAGGAACCUGAUGAGCUUGAAGAUGAUAUUGUGUAUAAAAAUCAAGUCAAAGAUUAUGGUGGGAGCAUGAAUAUCAGCAACUUGGAAUCUUCAAACUCAAAGUCUGCAGUGGCAGAAGAGCCUGUCAUUUCAAAAGAAACUAAUCUUUCGACUCAUUUAUGCUCCAAUGAUGGGUUGGAGGAGCUUGAGGUUAACCUCUUUUUAUGGCUUAAAUUUAGAAAGUUUUUAUUGCCAGCUUCAAUAAAAUGUCAUGCAGCAAUUGUAAAACGUAGAUACCAAAUUUCCCUGAAUUGCUUGCUAAAUUUGCUCAAAGCCCAGUCAAACCUGUAUAGGAGCUAUAAUUUGUUGGACUUUUUUUCAAUCUCUUUUCUGUUCAAUGUCUGGUACUUGCUGUUGUCCUUAUCUUUUCACUAUAUUUUUAGAUAGAAUUUGAUUGGCUUAAUUUUCUUCAAUGAUACAUAAUACAAGUAUGGUAUGAUAUUAGCAUUAUGUUAAGAAACAAAUAUAUGAUGAAGGUUAUCCGAACUCUGGAGUCCAUAUAGAUUAUAUGAUGUCACGUCGAUCUGACCGGUUCCUUUGUAAAUUCUUAGAUGAGGGUAUUAAAUUGGUAUUUGUUGCUAUUACUUAAUCCGAGCUAACAUAAUAAGCUGGAUUAUGUUUCUAUCCUUGUGCUUUCUUGGAGAAUUCUCACAUCCCGAAUAUGGAUCUCUUGUUACAGAUUUUAUUUUUACACCAAUUGCUUUUAUAUCAGUGACAUUAUGUGAGAAUUACAAUGUUCUUUUACAGUGCAAAUAGUAUGAAGAAAUUGAAGCAGUUCUGACUAUUUUCUUUUCUUCCCUUUCAUUGUUUCUCUCUCCCGUUUUUGUUCUUUCUUUUGGCAAAGCCUGCUGAGUUGACAGCACCAUUGUUAAGCGGGACUCCUGCACCUGCACCAAUGAGGAAGCCUCUUAUCAGGUAGACAAUACCAAUUGCUAGUAUUGUAAUUAUCUUGGUUUCCAUAUUCCUACACUUGUUGUUUUGGUUAUGCUAUAAAUUUGGUUUCAUUGUGUCCUUAUUUUCAGGUUGAACUUCACCUCUUUAGGAAAAGCUGCUGACAAAAGUUCUUAGACCCUUAAUGAUUUGAGCUGCAGCUAGCUGAUAACUAGGCUGUAACAUUAUCAUUUCUAGUUCCUUGUUUAUUUAUGUAAUGAUUUUGAUGCAGUAAAUAAACUGGAGCUAGAAAAGCCAUAAAUUUUCGUUGAUGUGUACCUGAAAAUAUGUUGCACCGGCUUAAAAAAAGAUUUUGAUGAGUCGUGAAUUUGUGCAGUCUAUUAGCAUAAUGUCAAGGGAAUUGUUUCUU